AGCGGUUGCGGCUACACCAAAAAAUAUUGGACAGGCGUUAAAUGGCGGUGCCAUCGUGCAACUUGACGUUAAGGGUUCGGACACAGUCGAAGGUCAAAAUACUCAAUCAAAGAUAACAGAAGCUGCUCCUAAAGAAACGCCGUCUAAAAUGCUACGAAAAUUAUCCAGAGCUCUGAUUCAGGGUAAACAGACGUCAAGAAAAUGUAAUAGCACUCCUCGAAAGCCGAGAACGCGUCAAACGCCUAAUACUGCACGUUUCACCCCAAGCUCUACUCGAAGAUCAUCAAGAAGACAAAAUAACAGAAAUAGUGGAACCAAAAUAAAAAAAAAAAUAACACCACAAGAUUUAUUAAGGGAGUUGUCGCGAGCUCCGGGAUUCGUGCAGAAACCAGUUGAACAUGAAAUCAAGGACGCAGAUGUUAUUUCUGACCAGAUUGAAUCGCAACCGGAAGAUAAAAUAUCUCGACAAGAAGAUGAUAUCAGGGAAAACGAAUUGGACACUGAGGUGCAGCGUCGCAUGAUUCCAUAUGAUAGCGACGAUGAUUUUUCAAAGGUUUUUGGCGAUCAAAUAACCGAAACCAUUGAAUUCACCGGUGAAGUUAUUGAUGAUUUUGAUGAGGUCAUACCGAUUCGAUCGUCAGAAAAAAAAUGUGUUGUUGAUGAGCAUGAUUCUCCUGUGGCUGUCGACGAACUUUCAUCACGGGUUGAUGCAGAACUUGAUUUUUGGAUGGGAAGAAAUUCCGACAAAGCAUUAAAUGCUCCCUUGGAAGAUGCAGCAUCUACAAAGAGUUUAGGACCAUUUAAUAAACUGCUCAGCGAAUUAAUGAAAGAAUCAUUAGAAGAAUCACAGAAUUCGCCGUCAAAUAAAAUAGUUAAGUUAGAUAAUGAACUUUUUAUUCGCGAUCCAAUGCAAGAUAGGCCGGGAGAUGAUGAGACCAAAAAUGUGAGGAGAACUCUAGUGAUAAAGGAUCCCGGACAGAGUGACAUCAUAAUAAACGAUGUCCGUGAUAGCCCUCUCGUAGAAUAUCAGGAGUAUGAAGAAGAUGACGUUCAAAUGGAGUACGGUGAGGACGAGUUAGAAUGUCAAUUGGAGUCCGACAGUGAAAAAGAAAAUGGACAAACAAACCUAGACGGUGAUGAGUUAGAGGGUCAAUUGGAGUCUGACAGUGAAAAAGAAAAUGAACAAGAUGACGUUCAAACGAAUUUGGAUGAGGGUGAAUUAGAAUACCAAUUGGGAUCUGACAAUGAUGGUAAUGAGCAAGAAAGUGAUGAUGAUGAAAUUGAGAUGGACCGUCAACCCGAAUUAAGUGAAGAAAACAAUGGAAUGCAAUAUCAAUGUUUAUUGGAUAAUGAAUUCGGAAAUAUGCUAGUGCCGAGAUUGUACACCGGAGCAGAAGUAAAAGACAUACAGGGAAGGAGUAAAAAAAGGAGAUCGAGAGUUUCUAGAUCCAAAGGGCAACCACAUCUACCAUAUAAUUUAGUCAAAAAAAUAUUCAGCAAUUUUUCAAUGAAUAAAGUCUCGAGUGAUGCUAUGCAGUCCAUCUUUGAAGGAACACAUUUGUUUCUCGAGCAAGUUGCCGAAGACUUAGCGACAUACGCAACACACGGUAAAAGAGAAGUGAUUAAGGAAAAGGACGUAAUUCUUCUAAUGAAAAGGCAAAAGUUAAUAACUAAUAAGGUAAGUUUCGAAUCAUUGGCGGAGCGAUAUUUACCACGCGAGUUGUCCGAGGAAAUUUGCCAGGUGGCUAAAGCCGGAAAUUCCUUGUUUCCACCGGACAAAUCACAGAAAAAGUCGAGAAGGAAGAAGUGA